AUGCCUCGCGCGUCUCCCGGUGACUGCGUUUCCCCGCGAGUUGGCCGCGUUCUUUCGGGGAUGAAGUCAUCCCUAUACAUGGUGUGCCUAUUAGCUCGUUACAUUGGUACAGCACACUGGGAUUCCUCGGAAAGAAAAGGAGCGACGCGAACAAUGAUGACCAUAUUUUACAUGUAUACGCCACCCCUCCCCCCAGCCUGGAGGAAUCGCCGGGAGCCGCGCGCGGCGGGGGCGGGCUGUGGGGCUGGCCGGGAUGCCCAACGACUGGCAGGUCCGGGUCGUGAGAUACAGCAACAGGGCGAGCUGAGGACAAGCCCCGCGCGAGGGCACCCGGACGGGCAGAUCCGGAGUCCCUCCGGCCCGGCCCGGCCCAGUGCCCAGUCUCACGCAUCCCGAUCGCCGCCUCCCGGCUCCCCACGCCUGUGCCGGCAGGUCCCGCACCGGGAGGUCCUGGCGCCCCAGUCUGGGCACUCAGCGCUCCGGCGCGGGGGAGGCCCGAGAGCUCCCCCAGGGUCAGGGGAGCGGGAGUAG